UCUGUACUCGACUCAGCGGGUCUGAUCAAGUCGUUGAACAUCCUUUAACAUCACAAGGGUGGAAUUAGAUAAAAUGUAACUCUUAAGGAUUAAUGUCAUAUUUACACAGCUGAAACUGAAAUGGUUUAGAGAGCUACGCCACAGGGGCAGUGGCAUGGCUGCCGAAGACAAAUCUUCCCUCUCGUCUGGGAUGGACAGGAGCUCCGAGCCGACGCUCUCUCCCACCAGUCCUUCCCAUCUAACACAGUUCAAACCUCUGACCCCAGAGCAGGAUGAGCCGCCCCUGCGCUCUGCCUACAGCUCCUUUGUCAGUCUGUUCCGCUUCAACAAAGAAAAAACAGGUGCAAACAUUGCACAGGCAAAAAAGCUUGCUAAACUUGAGGAAGGACGGCCUCCUUCAAUAGCAGAGAAAAGUCAGUCGGCUUCAUCAUCACCGCAGGGGCAGCGACGCAACUGGUCAAGUCCCUCCCAUUCCAUACAAGGCACUGAAACAAACAGGAAACAUUCUGAACUUUUCAGAAGAACAUCUACUGCAUCAGUGGACUGGGAAGAAGGUCGGCGGAAAUCAGAAGCUCCUCUGGGCAGCUACGACCCACGAACGGCCGUUCAACUUCGUACGGCCCUCAAGAGACUCAAGGAGAUCAUGGAAGGAAAAAGUCAGGACAGCGAUCUUAAGCAGUACUGGAUGCCUGACAGCCAGUGUAAAGAGUGCUACGACUGCAACGAGAAGUUCACGACGUUCAGACGCCGUCACCACUGUCGACUGUGCGGCCAGAUCUUCUGCAGCCGUUGCUGCAACCAGGAAAUUCCUGGCAAGUUCAUGGGCUACACGGGUGAUUUGCGAGCGUGUACAUACUGUCGGAAGAUAGCGCUGAGCUACGCCCACUCGGCUGACUCCAGCUCUAUCGGGGAGGAUCUGAGCGCUCUGUCGGACUCGCCCUGCUCCGUGUGCGUGCUGGAGCCCACCGAACCACGCACUCCUGUGGGGGGGCGUAAAGCCAGCCGGAACAUCUUUCUGGAAGAGGACUUGGCCUGGCAAAGAAAAAAUUCCAUUGGGAUGAGGAAGAAUUUGAUUCAUCAGGAGUCUCAGAACAGUGCACUCAAUUCCCAGCUAUCAGCAGUCCAGGAGGAUAUGGGUAAAUCACCAGCCAGGAGGAGGUCAGCUAGUGUGACCAACCUGUCUUUGGACCGUUCCGGCUCAUCUAUGGUCCCUGCCUACGAGACUUCAGCUAGCCCACAGAACAGCCGAGCUAUGCUGAAAACUGACCACAGUGAAGAGGAGAGAAAGAUUCUUUUGGAUUCUUCUCAACUUAAAGAUCUCUGGAAAAAGAUUUGUCACAACAGUACCGGGAUGGAGUUCCAGGACCAUCGAUACUGGCUGCGUACUUACCCCAAUUGCAUUGUGGGUAAAGAGUUGGUUAACUGGCUUCUGCGAAAUGGCACCAUUUCAAAUAGGGCUCAGGCCAUAGCUAUUGGACAGGCUUUGGUAGAAGGUCGCUGGCUUGACUGUGUCACUCAUCAUGAUCAGAUCUUCCGUGAUGAAUAUGCACUCUAUCGCCCCCUACAGAGCACAGAGUUCUCAGAAACUCCCUCUCCAGACAGUGACAGCGUGAAUUCCCUGGAGGGACACUCUGAACCGUCGUGGUUUAAAGACAUCAAGUUUGACGACAGUGACACUGAGCAGCUAGCGGACGAAACUGACUAUGUCACACCGAACUCGGCCAGUCCCAGCAAAAGAACGUCAGUCAGCAGUUUCCACUCUGCGGUGGAUAGUGACUCAGCCUCCAUCAAUCUGAACAUGGAGCAGGACAAUGUCAACUUCCACAUCAAGAAGCAGGCCAAGUACCCACACGUGCCUCCUUAUCCAGCCGAGCAAAAAAGUAUGGAGCCUCACGACCCGUUCACCCCAGAACACGACAUCCAUGCACCAAUGGAAGUCCUGCUUUCUGAAGAUGGAGGUCAGCACAUAUCCAUCAGUGAUGCUUUCAUUCAAGAGUCUUUGUUUAAUCGGAGGGUUGAGGAGAAGGCUAAAGAGAUGCUGUUCACUCCUCUCGGCUGGCAUCACAGCUCCCUGGACCAGCUGCGUGAAGAAAACGGAGAAAAGAAAGCCAUGGAGCGAUUGCUGUCUGCCAAUCACAGCCACAUGAUGGCGCUUCUGCAGCAGCUGCUAUAUAGCGAGUCUCUGUCUCUCUCCUGGCGUGACAUCAUCGUACCUGUGGUGAGACAGGUGGUGCAGACGGUGCGACCGGAUGUACGCAGUUGUGAUGAUGACAUGGAUAUCCGUCAACUGGUCCAUAUCAAAAAGAUUCCAGGAGGAAAGAAGUUUGACUCUGCUGUAGUGAACGGCUUCGUUUGCACAAAGAAUAUUGCACACAAAAAGAUGAAUCCAUACAUCAAAAAUCCCAAGAUCCUCUUGCUCAAAUGCUCCAUUGAGUAUCUUUACAGAGAAGAGACUAAACUGAGCUGCAUAGACCCAAUCGUUUUACAGGAGCAUGAGUUUCUGAAGAAUUAUGUUCAGAGGAUUGCUGACUUACGCCCCAACCUAGUGCUGGUGGAGAAGACCGUUUCCCGAAUCGCUCAGGACAUGUUACUGGAGCACGGAAUUACACUCGUGAUUAACGUCAAACCUCAAGUCCUGGACCGCGUGAGUCGAAUGACUCAGGGAGAUUUGGUCAUUUCAAUGGACCAGCUUCUGACAAAACCUCGCUUGGGGACCUGCCACAAGUUUUAUCUACAUUCCUUCCAGCUGCCAAACGAUGAGCUAAAGAGCCUGUUGUUUUUCGAGGGCUGUCCUCCUCACCUGGGCUGCACCAUCAAGCUCCGCGGCGCAUCCGAGUAUGAGCUGGCACGUGUGAAAGAGGUCAUCAUUUUUAUGGUGUGUGUAGCUUACCAUUCCCAGCUGGAGAUCUCCUUCCUCAUGGAUGAAUUUGCUAUGCCUCCCAGCCUUGCUGAGAGUUCUUCCUUCCCAUGCCUGCUGGAAAGCACCACUUUGGAAGAAGAAGAAGAGACGGUUAGAGAAAGAGAUAGUCUGGAUAAUGAUGGUUAUACACUGGAGAACCUCAUUUUGGCAUCAGAAGCGGAUUUUUAGCCAGGGCUCCAGGCGGUUAUCAAAGCCCACAGCAGGCAGCACUCCAUCUCAGAAUCUUCUCAGAAGGAUCGAGAAAGCCCCAGGUUUAAUAAAGAUGGGUCAGUUACUUCCUUUUCCGGAGGAGAGGAGGAGAUGAUGAAGACCUCCACGCCUGUUUCCUCCUCAUCAAACGUUCUCCAGCCAGUGUCGCCACCUUUCUUAAUGUCAGGUGAGGAGCUAAACAAAGAGCUGGAGGAAACUCUGGUGCAUCGCGAGAGCACCGGCUCAGACACUUCCCUCCCACCCGCACGUCUCUUCAGAGACCCAUUGCAGGACGACACGGAUUUGUUCGUGACAGAAGAAGUGGCUUCUUCAGAUGAUCGUCUCAAGUCUAUCUCGGCCUUAUUCAAACAGGAACUGAAGGACAUUAUCCUUUGCAUUUCGCCGUUUAUUACCUUUCGGGAGCCGUAUUUGCUCAUGCCGGCUGGACUGCGUUGUCGUAGUCGGGAUUAUUUCCCGGACCAGGUUUACUUUUCUCCUCUUUUGAAUAAAGACUCUAAGGAGCUGGAUGACCGACGCAAAAGACAGCUGCUUAAAGAAUCCGGCCCGGGUUCUGUGAGCCUGAUCAACGGGACUGUUUCGCACCAACGGACCAUACAGAUCUUGCCCUCCCACAAACUUACAAGCACCCGUAUAAUAGAGCAACUGGGCAGCAGUCAGAAUCUGGCACGCAUGCUGGCCGACUACCGUGCGCGAGGAGGGCGCAUUCGGCAAAGGGAAGGAACUCAGUUCCGUGAAGCUCCGCCCACUAAGGCACCAGUAAAGGCAGACAGUGAAGAGGAUAAUAAAGGGGCGGGACCGAAUGAAAUGACGUGGGCGAGUAAGCUGGACUGUUUAAAUCCCAUCAACCACCAGCGACUCUGCGUGCUGUUUAGUAGCUCAUCAGCACAAUCUAACAACGCACCCAACCCUUGCGUCAGCCCCUGGAUUGUAACAAUGGAGUUUUAUGGGAAGAAUGACUUGACACUUGGUGUGUUUUUGGAGAGAUACUGUUUUAGACCCUCAUACCAGUGCCCUAGCAUGUACUGUGAGACCCCCAUGGUUCACCACAUCCGGCGUUUCGUGCAUGGCACUGGCUGUGUUCAGAUUGUUCUGAAAGAGCUGGACUCACCUGUUCCCGGCUAUCAACACACAAUCCUCAACUACUCCUGGUGCCGCACCUGCAAACAGGUGACUCCAGUGGUUCCUUUAUCUAAUGACUCCUGGUCAAUGUCCUUCGCCAAGUAUCUAGAACUGCGUUUCUAUGGGCACCAGUACACCCGUCGGGCCAACGCUGAGCCUUGUGGCCACUCCAUUCAUAAAGACUACCACCAGUAUUUCUCCUACAAUCAGAUGGUGGCUUCCUUCAGCUACAUCUCCGUGAGGCUAUUGGAGAUCUGUCUGCCUCCUCCAAAGAUCAUCAUUAGGAACCAGGGACCCUCCAAAGCCAACUUACAACACGACCUCAAGGACUUCUUCCAAAAGGUGGCGCAAGUAUAUCUGGCCAUAGAUGACCGUCUCACCUCCUUAAAAACAGAUACCUUCAGCAAAACCAGAGAGGAAAAGAUGGAGGACAUGUUUGCACAGAAAGAUAUGGAGGAAUCUGAGCUCCGCGGCUGGAUCGAGAAGCUGCAGGGGCGACUGCAGACCAGCAUCAUAGACUCGCCCCAACAACUCCAGGCUGUUCUGGAGUCAGUGGUGAUCAAAAAGCAGAGUAUGUGUGAGACGCUACAGUCGUGGAACAACAGACUUCAAGACUUGUUCCAGCAGGAGAAGGGGAGGAAGCGUCUGUCUGUUCCUCCCAGUCCUGGCAGACACAGACAGGCCACAUCAGAUGAGAGUAAGAUCAGUGCUUUGGAGUCCUCUCCUCGUAACCCCUCUCCCGUGGUCCCAAAUGGAGAUAAAGAGGACCGUCAUCUCAGCACGUUCCCAUCAAGCUCAGGUUCAUCCUCACUACUGCAGCUCCCGUCUCCCGCCGAACCGGUCGCAGACCUCGUCACGAGCGGACCGUCUUUUCCCGAUCUGGAUUCCUUCAGCAUCACUGAGGAUAUGUUUGACGGACAUUUACUUGGUUCCAAUGACAGUCAAGUUAAAGAAAAGUCCACCAUGAAAACCAUCCUUGCCAACCUGUUACCAGGCAACAGCUACAAUCCCAUCCCUUUCCCUUUUGAUCCAGACAAGCAUUACUUGAUGUAUGAGCAUGAGUGGGUUCCUAUAGCCGUGUGUGAGAGAGAGCCCAGCUCCAUCAUUGCUUUUGCCCUCAGCUGUAAGGAGUAUAAAACCGCUCUUGAUGAGCUCACCAAGAUGACAGCCAAGCCUGGAGUUGACGACACAUCUCAAGCUAUUAGUGCUGGAGAAAGUAGAGUGAAGAACAGUCCAGCCAAAUCCAGUGAGGGCAGCACAUCACUGCUGGGCCGCAGCAGCAUAGACACUGAUCCACUCAAGGAACCUGAAAGCGGAGACAAACAAAAGAAGCAGAUGGGAAAUCCACACAUUGAGCUACAAUUCUCAGACGCAAAUGCCAAGUUCUACUGUCGGAUCUACUAUGCUGAGGAGUUUCAUAAGAUGCGAGAGGAGAUUAUGGAGAGCUCAAAGGAAGACUUUGUGCGUUCACUGUCUCACUGUGUUAACUGGCAGGCUCGCGGGGGGAAGUCCGGGGCGGUUUUCUACGCUACUGAAGAUGAUCGGUUUAUUCUAAAGCAGAUGCCCAGAUUGGAGGUCCAGUCCUUUUUAGAUUUUGCACCCCAUUAUUUCACUUACAUCACAGGAGCGGUCCAACACAAGCGGCCCACAGCACUUGCUAAGAUUCUAGGCGUGUACCGAAUCGGCUACAAGAACUCCCAGAACAACACAGAGAAGAAACUGGACCUGUUGGUGAUGGAGAACCUUUUCUAUGGGCGAAAGAUGGCCCAGGUGUUUGACCUGAAGGGAUCUCUAAGAAACAGGAAUGUAAAGACAGAACAUGGAAAGGAGAGCUGUGAGGUGGUGCUUCUAGAUGAGAACCUCCUGAAACUGGUGCAUGAUAAUCCACUUUACAUCCGCUCCCACUGCAAGGCCAUUCUGCGUGCUGCUAUAUUGAGUGACGCUCACUUCCUGUCAAGCCACCUUAUCAUAGAUUAUUCCCUGCUGGUGGGCCGUGACGAUGCCACGGAUGAACUGGUUGUGGGCAUCAUAGAUUACAUCCGAACUUUCACAUGGGAUAAAAAGUUGGAAAUGGUGGUCAAGUCAACAGGGAUUCUUGGAGGUCAAGGUAAAAUGCCCACAGUGGUGUCCCCAGAGCUCUACUGAGCACGUUUCUGUGAGGCAAUGGACAAAUAUUUCCUCAUGGUCCCUGAUCAUUGGACUGGUCUCGGGCUAAACUGCUGAUGGCGAGAUGGCAACAGCUGGAGAUAUGCUGCUCUCUCAUGUUUCUCAAUGUUACAGUAGAACUCCUGAAGACAAAAACCCUGUUACAGUGCAGAUACUGUCCAUAAUAGUGUCUGAUGCAGGUAUUUAUAGUGAGAUCAACUGAACUGAACCAUCAGACAGACCAAAACUGAGGUACCAAUACACAGGUCCAAGGAGACACAUUGAAAGAGACAAAAGUGAAACUGAUGAUCUACAAAAUUCUAACAUAGCUUUUGUUUAUAACAUAUUAACCUGAACUGUGGACAAUGUAAAAGUUUGUCAUUAAUGUACAGAGAUGUUAAAGAUUAUUAAAGAUUUAUUAAUAUUGC